ACUCUUUCUCCCCCCCAACUUCUUCCACUUUCAACCUCUUAACUCUCUUCCCCCAUACCACACAAUCCCAUAGCUGGAGGAGAUCGUUGCCUCGCAGUGCGAACACGUUCCCUUCUUCUUUUAUUUUUGCACUUUCUUCAGCACCACCGUUUAUUGUGUUCUGGCGCGCGCAAAUACGAGAGAAGAGAUACCCCUCCGACCAACCUCACAUCAUCGCCAUGGCGAAAUCAAGGAGCUCAAUGGCCUUGGGCUUCGGCCUCUUGGCCUGGAUCUGUCUCCUUUUCUCUCCCCUCGCCUUUGUUCAGACUGCCCAGGCACAGGAUGCCGACUACGGCACUGUCAUUGGUAUUGAUCUGGGUACCACCUACUCGUGUGUCGGCGCCAUGAUCAAGGGCAAGGUCGAGAUCUUUGUCAACGACCAGGGUAACCGUAUCACACCGUCCUAUGUCGCCUUUACUGAGGAUGAGCGUCUGGUCGGUGACGCCGCAAAGAACCAGGCUGCGGCGAACCCUUACAACACCAUCUUCGAUAUCAAGCGUCUGAUUGGUCGCAAGUUCUCCGAGGCGGAUGUCCAAUCCGACAUUAAGCACUUCCCCUUCAAGGUCAUCUCUCGGGAAGACCGGCCGGUGGUUCAGGUUCAGACCGGUAACGAGGAGAAGACUCUCACUCCCGAGGAGGUUUCGGCCAUGAUCCUCGGCAAGAUGAAGGAGGUUGCCGAGGCUUAUCUGGGCAAGAAGAUUACCCACGCCGUCGUUACCGUCCCCGCCUACUUCAACGACAACCAGCGCCAGGCCACCAAGGACGCCGGCAUUAUUGCAGGUCUCAAUGUCCUCCGCAUUGUUAACGAGCCCACAGCCGCCGCCAUUGCCUACGGUCUUGACAAGACCGAUGGUGAGCGUCAGAUCAUCGUCUACGACCUUGGUGGUGGUACCUUCGAUGUCUCGCUGCUCUCCAUAGACGACGGCGUCUUCGAGGUUCUCGCCACGGCUGGUGACACCCACCUGGGUGGUGAAGAUUUCGAUCAGCGUAUCAUCAACCACUUCGCCAAGGCGUACAACAAGAAGAACAACGUCGAUGUCACCAAGGACGCUAAGGCCAUGGGCAAGCUGAAGCGUGAGGCCGAGAAGGCCAAGCGGACGCUCUCUUCCCAGAUGUCUGCUCGUAUUGAGAUUGAGGCCUUCCACCAGGGCAACGACUUCUCCGAGACUCUGACCCGCGCCAAGUUCGAGGAACUCAACAUGGACCUCUUCAAGCGGACCCUGAAGCCCGUUGAGCAGGUUCUUAAGGACGCCAAGGUGUCCAAGAGCGAGGUGGACGAUAUUGUCCUCGUCGGUGGUUCUACCCGCAUCCCCAAGGUCGUCUCCCUCAUUGAGGAGUUUUUCGGCGGCAAGAAGGCCUCCAAGGGCAUCAACCCCGAUGAGGCCGUUGCCUUCGGCGCCGCUGUUCAGGGCGGUGUUCUAUCCGGCGAGGAGGCCGCCUCUGAGAUUGUCCUCAUGGACGUCAACCCGCUUACCCUCGGUAUCGAAACCACUGGUGGUAUCAUGACGAAGCUGAUCCCCCGGAACACCCCUAUCCCUACUCGCAAGUCCCAGAUCUUCUCGACCGCCGUCGACAACCAGCCGGUCGUUUUGAUCCAGGUCUUCGAGGGUGAGCGUCCUAUGACUAAGGACAACAACAUCCUCGGCAAGUUUGAGCUCACCGGCAUUCCUCCUGCACCCCGUGGCGUUCCCCAGAUCGAGGUUUCCUUCGAGCUCGAUGCCAACGGUAUCCUCAAGGUCUCCGCUCACGACAAGGCCACCGGCAAGGGCGAGAGCAUUACUAUCACGAAUGACAAGGGCCGCCUUACCCAGGAGGAGAUCGACCGCAUGGUCGCCGAGGCGGAGAUGUACGCUGAGGAGGACAAGGCCACCCGUGAGCGUGUUGAGGCUCGUAACAACCUCGAGAACUACGCUUUCAGCCUGAAGAACCAGGUCAACGAUGAGGAGGGCAUGGGUGGCAAGAUUGACGAAGAGGACAAGGAAGCUCUCCUCGAGGCUAUCAAGGAGGCCACCGACUGGCUUGAGGAGAACGGCGCCGAGGCGACCGCGGAGGACUUCGAGGAGCAGAAGGAGAAGCUCUCGAACGUCGCGUACCCCAUCACCUCCAAGUUGUACCAGGGCGCUGGUGGCGCGGGCGGUGACGAUGAGCCCAAUGUUCACGAUGAACUGUAAUCGGGCAGAUGGGUCGUUGUGCAGUUGAUACAGGCAGGCGUCGGAGAAGGAAAAAAAAACCAUUCAAGUACCAUAAUGAAGUGGCCUACUCUCUGCGGGAGGCUUCACCUACAUCGUGUACUCCUACCUAUUCCCGGGAUUCUGGGCGAUUUGUUUCGUUGGCGCAGGGAGCAUGAAAGAGGGAUGUCCCAUGGACCACCCCUCCCAUACAUAUAUGUAAAGUACGUCGAACAUGAAUGAAUGCUCACUUG